AUGAAGAAAGUGGUGCUAAAGGUGGAACUCUAUGAUGACAAAAUCAAGAAAAAGGCUAUGAAAUCAGUAUCUGGUAUUUCAGGGGUUGAGUCAGUCUCUGUGGACAUGAAGGACCAGAAAAUGACCAUAAUUGGGGAUGUUGAUCCUGUUGGUGUGGUGGGAAAGCUUAGAAAAUUCUGCCAUGCUGAGAUGCUUUCAGUUGGACCAGCCAAGGAGGAGAAAAAGGAGGAACCCAAGAAAGAGGAUAAGAAACCAGAUGCCAAGAAAGAUCCAAAGGAGGAAUAUGCUGAACUUCUGAAGAUGUAUGAAGCAUAUUACAACCAAACUAGACAGCAACAAUAUCCAUAUUACUAUUACAGAACAGUGGAAGAGAAUCCAAAUGGCUGUGUUAUUUGCUAA